UUAGAUGCUAUUUCCCCAUUAAUUUUGCCAAAUUUCCAAAAGGUUUUAAUAAACAUGCUUAAAUGUUUUGAUAUUGUUGAUUGAAUGUUAUAAAUAUAUGUUGAACUUUAUAAAGUUUAAUAUCAUUUUCAUACCAGUAGAUCAAAAGAAUAUUUAUGAAAGUCUAUUAUUAGUCUAUUAUUAGACCGUAGUUACAUACUUUAAAUUCAUUAAAUCAAUUAUUGCUUCAAUUAUCAAAUUCUUCUUAGGAACUAUUCAACCAAGAACAUAAAUGAUAACUGGAUCAAUUAACACCUUUAAUUGAAAAAGAAUGUCUUUAAUCUUAUCUUUUAAGAUCUUUUGCUCUCAAACAAACAAUCACUUACAACAAAAGUGUGUGUUUACAUGUGUUCACCCAAUUAUCACUUAAACAAUAGGAUAAAUUGUUAAUUAUUGCAUGCAGAAAGGUAUAAAUUAUGAAGUCAAUACAAAACUAGUACCAUUUACCGAUAAUUACUGAAAGACAUUUGUUUAAGCUCCUACAUUAGAAUACAUUUUCUACCAUGGAUUCAUCACUUAGUCAACUUAUUGCUGCUCAUGACAACACAGAGAGGGAACUAAUAACGUUUGAUGACAGUGUAACCAGUCUAAGCCAGAAGAUAUUUUCAGCAUCAAACCAGUCUGAGAAUCUACGCCUGCUUCUACGGCUUUCUGUUACUGAAGGUGUCCAGGACAUGUACACACAAUUCCACAACAAAACCAAACAACAGGUUCUGGAGAAAUCACAACUUGAAACAGAUAUUACAAUAAUGGAGCACACAACAGCAAUGCUAACACCAUCUAGGGGAGGUAACACCAAAACAGACAAGGCGGCUGGGAUAUGGACUAGCGCUUAUUGUGAGUUCUACAGAGGCUCUUAGAGACUAUUAGUGCUACUUGCUCACAGACCUAACCAAAUUAUAUAUAUAUGAUAUAUCAACAUGUGUUACAUGUACUAAAAUAUGAUGUGCUUUGUUGAAAAUGACGCCUGUUUUUGUUAUGUUAUUGUUAAGGAUA